CAUUGAUCAUAGGCAUAUGACAGUGAUCCCGGUGUCGUGGAGAUCCAGUACCAUGUUUUCUAGCGGCCUCUGUCUGUGUCUGGCAGCAGCGCAGUAUGAAAGCAGUGGGAAACAGAAACACUAUGGCUGCCACUCUGUCUCUUACUCAGCUGUCCAGUGGAAAUCCUAUCUACGACAAAUACUACAGACAGGUUGACCCAUCAGGCAGUGGGCGGGUGACGGCAGCAGAUGCAGCUCUGUUCCUGAAGAGGUCGGGCUUGGCUGACCUGGUCCUGGGGAAGAUAUGGGAUUUGGCAGACUCUGAACGUAAAGGUUCUCUUACCAAACAGCAAUUCUUCAUAGCAUUACGUUUGGUAGCCUGUGCUCAAAAUGGCCUGGAGGUGGCACUCAAGAGCCUUAACGUGGCUGUUCCUCCUCCCAAAUUUCACGAUACUAGCAGCCCACUGUUGGCAGGAAGUGUGGGUGGUGACAUGCCAUGGGUUGUUAAGGCCGAGGAGAAGAUGAAGUUUGAUGCCAUCUUUGAAAGUCUGGGUCCAGUAGGAGGGAUGCUAACAGGUGACAGGGUUAAGCCUGUCCUGCUCAACUCUAAACUCCCAGUGGAUAUACUUGGCAGGGUGUGGGAGCUCAGUGACCUCGACAGAGAUGGCAUGUUGGAUAGAGAUGAAUUUUCUGUGGCCAUGUAUUUGGUGUACAGAGCUUUGGAAGGGGAGCCUGUUCCCAUGUCCCUGCCUCCUCCCCUGGUUCCACCUUCGAAGAGGAAAAAACCCUCCGUGCCUCCUGUGAUGCCCCUGUUACCCUCGCCCCCUUCUGUCAAAGACAGUCGCUCCUCCCACGCUGGCUCUAAGACCAUGCCCCACCCUCCUAAAUCCGCCCCAGCUCCUGUCCCAGUUCCAGUCCCAGCUCCUGUCCCAGCUUCUGUCCCAGCACCAGCACCAGCAGCUGCUUCUUGGGUGGUGUCACCAGCAGACAAAGCCAAAUAUGAUGACCUCUUCAACAAGACAGACAGUGACAUGGAUGGGCUGGUGUCUGGACCGGAGGUCAGAGAUAUCUUCCUCAAGACUGGGCUGCCCUCUGCUACACUUGCACGCAUCUGGGAACUUUGUGACAUUGGCGACAUUGGUAAACUGACCAGAGAACAAUUUGCCCUGGCGCUUCAUCUCAUCAAUCAGAAGCUGGUCAAAGGCCUGGACCCUCCGCAGAGCCUCACACCGGAGAUGAUCCCUCCAUCCGACAGACAAAACAUUAAACAGAACAAUUUGGCAAACCUGGCAGCCGAUUUCUCAGCCAUUAAGGAGCUGGACUCUCUCAGUAAUGAGAUCGUUGAACUACAACGAGAGAAGAGCACUGUGGAACAGGAGAUCAAGGAGAACGAGGAGGCCAUCAGACAACGCAGUGGCGAAGUGCAGGACUUACAAGAUGAGGUUGCGAAAGAGAGUGGGGAGCUGCAGCGGCUUCAGAGUCAGCGUCAGAAAGUCCAGGAUACCCUGGACGAGCUGGACCAACAGAAGAGCUCCCUGGAGGAGCAGCUGACUCACAUUCGACAACAGACUACUCAAGAGACACAAUUGAUCUCAUCACUGCAGUCGGAGCACGAGGAGCAGGAACAGAGGAUAUGUCAGUUUGAGGAAGAGCUUGUCCAGGCCAGAGAGGAGCUCCUUGCUUUGCAGGAGGAGAGCAGAAGACUACAGGAUAAAGUCCAGUCCGCUCAGGAGCAGCUCACACCUUUGCAAGAUUCAGUGCGUGACUCUUUCAAACAAGUUGCACAGGUUCAACAGAAACUGAGCGACCUUCAAGUAGAGGAAAGGUCAGUGACUGCCCAGCUCAGCUGGAAGAGAGCUUUAGAGGACAAUUCUCCUGUCAUGGUCAACGGAUCAACAGGCACUCCAGCAGAGCUUCACCAGGGAGACCCUUUCCAACAGGACCUCUUCCAGGAGGACCAUCCUAAAGAGCUGAAGGAGGAAAAGACAGCUGCUGUCUACAGUCUUCAGAAAGAACAUUUAGAUCAGACAGAGAAAGAAGUGGAUGAGAGCAAAGAGGAAGAGGAGGAGGAUGAUGAGAGUCCAAAUACUGCAGAGGAGGAAAAGCCAGAACCUGAUGCCUUGGAUGAUCUCUAUAUAAGUCUGGCCUCCACUGAUAUGUACAGUAGUAUGUCAGCCUUUGCUAAGCCAAGGGACAACACAGUGAGGGAACACAGUAGCCACGAAGUCUCCUCAGAAAUGACAGAUGAUGCAGCAAAAUCGUCUAAUGAGAGUGCAACAAAGGCCCCGUCAUCAGACCAAGAGAACAAACAGGAGCCUCCAGAGUCUCCAGAAACAUCCACACCCUCCUCGUCACCAGUUGGUCCCAUGCCGCCACAGACCAAACCCCCCCCACUCCCUGAGAUGGACUUUUUCCAUUCAGACCCCUUUACUGACCAUGAUCCAUUCAAGGAUGAUCCAUUUGGAAAAGCAUUAGCAGAUGUAGCAGAUCCAUUUGGAGGAGAUCCAUUUAAAGGGACAGAUCCCUUUGCUGCAGACUCUUUCUUCACACAGGCUCCCAGUGCCCCCUUUUCCACUGAGGACCCUUUCGCUGCUUCCUCUGACCUGUUUGGUGCCACGACUGGAAUGCCAGAACCAGACUUGUUUGCAGCAAAGCUAAAUGAUGCAGCACCUGCACCGGCACCGACAGACGCCUCCGAUCCCUUCACCUCCAAACCCACCAGUUCAGCACCGGCAGCCAAGGAUCCCUUCAUCACCACGGGGAAUGACAUGGCAGAGUCUGACCCAUUUGGAGGCAAAGUUAACGCCAUAGCGGAGGCAGAUCCUUUUGGUUCACAGGACAGAGCGACAGAUCCAUUUAGCUGUUCACCAGUCAGCUCUGCUCUGGCAGCGCAGGACCCUGUAGCAACCAACGACCCUUUUGCUCCAGGUGGUACAACAGUGAACGUCAACUCAGAUCCAGAUCCAUUUGCUGCUGUGUUUGGUAAUGAAUCAUUUGGAGGGGGCUUUGCAGAUUUCAGUGCCUUGGCAAAGUCAAACGCUCCUGACCAAUUUGGCAUCAACAACAAGAACCUGUUCCAGGAAGACGGUCAGUCUGCGAACCCGGACGUGCCGCCUGCUCUGCCCCCCAAAACGGGUACGCCAACUAGACCUCCCCCUCCACCUCCAGGCAAGAAAUCAUCCAUUUCCAGAACAGAGUCCUCCGACUCCUUCCAUCGACGUGGGCAAUUCCACCCACAGUCGUCGGGAGACUUCUCCUCCUCUUCCUCCUCGCCUUCCCUGCCUGCCAAGGAUCCUUUAGCUGACCCCUUUGCCCCUUCCUCCCCUCCUCGUCACAACGUACGGGAAGCUGACCGAUUUGCCAGCUUUGACAAAGUGAGCACCUCCCUCUCGCCCUCUUCCUCACCUUCACCUGACUCUGAAUAGACGUCCCCUCUUUUUGUGUUAUUUCCUGCUAACAAAAAAAACACAUCUAAUUGUUCUAAAGUUACAACCACCAAGCAAAACAAGCCAGCUUUACGAAUCGCUCCAUCCACUGCCAGUUUUCUUUUACUCUCCAAGAAGUGAACUAAUCUACUGAUGUGAAGUAUCAUAGUAAACAACAAGUAAACACAGUUUCUUGAUUCUACAUUUUUUUGUUUAGUUGGAAACUUUGUUUACUUAAGCUGAUGCAUUUUUUUUUAGUUUGUUUUCUCUUGCAUCCUCACUGCUGCUGGUGUAUAUUGUAGCUCCUAGUCAUGAAUGCUUCAUUUCUCUGCCUUGUAAAAUCUCUGUAUGCUCAAAAUCAUUUUUUUGUUACUGAUUCACACACACACAUUGUUUGGUUGCACUUAAUUUAAACCUUUGAGGUUGCACUUGUCUUAAUUUAUAAAGAAAUGUACAGAAUUGUCAGCAUAGCAAUUAUAUUUGCAUAAGUAUAUCAGCUCUGUAACACGUGUGUAGUUACAGAAAUAUAUGUUUUGGUAAAAGAUAAUUACACACAUCUAUACUUACGAUACCUAGUCCCUCAUACUGGUUGGCAGUGAAUGGAGAGAUGAGAGGCUGCUUGUAUUUGGCUUUUAUCUCAAGUCGGAACAUGGACAAUACAUCCCGUGCAUGAGAGGCUGUGCUUUAGUCCAAAAUAUUCUAUUGAAAUUGUCUUUUUCCCCCACAUUUUAUGCACUUUUUAACACUGAAGCUGCAUCUUAGGUGAAUUUUAGAUUCCCAUUGGUGUUAACUCAUUGUUUUAUUGAUCAGGGACUACUGCGAGGUAUCUCCUCAGUUAAACUUAGAGACUGCAGAUUAGUUGAUGACCCUCUUUUUCAGCUCAAAACUUGAAGUUUCUAGAAAUGAGCUGCUAUGAUAUGCAGAGUUGACACCAAAGUAUGGACAAAGUACCUAAGUACCUGUAUUGGAUAUUGGCAAAAGAGAAAACUGUAAUCAGAUACGAUAUGUAAAGCCUAAAUACUUUUUAAAAUAGUUUUGUAAAUGAGAAAAUAGACGAUACAUUAAGUAAUAUUAGUGGACACCAGUGUGAUUGACAGCUGGAUUCGUCCAACAGGAAUCUGAUUGCAGGGGACACUUCGGAUUUUCCAGUUGCAAAACCCCCAAUAUAGCACUGACCAAAGUUCAGAUCAUGGGUCGAUCUGAGGUUACGACCAGUAGAGAUGUCCAAUUAACAGUGUUAAUUAACAGUUAAUUUGUUUAAAAGAAACAAAGAACUGGAUCAGGCUGAUAUCAGUAUUGGUAGGGAACUGAGGAAUCUGAGCCAAUUCUAGAAGUUUCUUGAAGCAACAGUUGUUUUAUAAACUCCAAGGACACAUUCGAAAUAUGAAAGACGCCACUUGGAAAUUUCAGCCAUUAUAAAACCCUCUUAGCUCUUCCAUCUGUAACAUUGCACAGAUAUAGUUUGUAUGGUCACACUGAGGAUUUGGGAUGGAUUACUCAAAAAAAAAAGACAGUUGAGUCUCGUGCAUCUACCUUCACAUGACUGCACCUGCACCUGCACCUGCAUGUACCCACCGAUACCAGACCUGCAUGCAUUAACUGAAUGUGUAAUUGGCUGGCUCUCAUUGACUCAUCCCACUGCCUUUGCAAUUCCUCAGUCAUUCUGUUUUUGGUUUUUUUUCUCUUCACAUACACACACAUACACAAUGAUUUAUCCAUGCAUUUCCUCUCUCAUCCCUCUGUUCAUCCAUUCACUACUUUAUUUACCAGUUCAUUCAGCUUUUGUCUGGUCAGCAGUGUGUAAUGUAUGGAGAAAUGGUGUGCGUGUGUGUGUGUGUGUGUGUGUGUGUGUCUAUGUGUCUUUACACCUCUGUCAAAGAAGUUGAAUAAAGAGUUGAAUCAAGGGCAUCAUCUCUGGCUUCUAUGUGCAUCCAUGACAUCAUUCACUGCAAAUGCUUGAGCUUUAAAGAACCAGAUCUUCAUUUUCACUUCAUUUAUCUUAUCUUUAUUUAAAUUGUGACUGCACCUUAGAUUAUCUCGAUUAUAGAUUAUUUCCAUAAAACUGUUACCUUUCAACCUGCUACAGUUUUUUUGCAGUUGUGAAAUCUUUGCAACUUCAAAAUGAUUUUAUUUCUCAUGAAAGAUUAGUAUAAGAAGUGUGUCAUGUCUAAAUUGACAUGUACAUGUGUUUAUGUUUAUCUUCUAUUAAUGAAACAAUUGUCUACAUGGAGAGCAGGAACAUCCAAUAUAAAUGUAGAGAAUUUGCAUCAAAUGGAUACUAAAUCCUGUCAAAUCUGUUCAGUAACUGUAGUGUGACCAGAUAACAAACUUGGGCAGAAUUCAGGAUUAGUAAAGUCUAAUUUCUCCGGCCUAGUGUUUCACUUAUGUCUCAUUUCACACAUAUUUCAGAGAUCAUCAUGAGAGCAUGUUUUGUAGUUGUUAUUCCGUUUCCUGCGUGACGUCACUGUGCAUGUUCUGAACGUCCUGAAAUCAUCAGCUCUGAAAUCACCUGCUUGUGAAUGUUGUCGGUGUUGCUGGCUUUUCUUUUGCAUGGGUUUAUUCACACUUUGUUGACCUAUGAUGCCUCUGUCUGUCGUUCACUGACAAAAUCAGACUUUUUGACACUGCUGUCCUCUGUGUAACGUUUAACCAUUUCCCUUCUUCCUGGUAUAGUGAUCUUUUUGAAGCUUGUGAUUUAUGUCAAGUGACCGUUUGUCCUCAGUGGACAUGCCACAUUUCAUGCUUUUUGUCCUAAUUAUAAUUUAUACAGACUCUCAAUCUCUUCAUGAUCAUCUUGUGGAGACUGAUUUUGAUCGGUUCUUUGUGGUGGUUGUUUUUGUUUUACAUUUAAUUUUAACUGUGGGGUCCCGGUGAUAAAUCACCGACUUGUUUAUGAACAACAAAUAAGUGUUGAUUAAAACUGUAGUUUCUCCUUCAUUGGCCCAACAAAAUGUACCAUUUGAGACGUUGGAGACAGAGGAUUUUUUAACAAAAAUAGAAAUUGUAUUAAAGUUAAUUAACAUUUCAGCAGUUGGGCUGAAACUUGCAGAUAAUAGCGGCAUAUAUAUAACUGUAAAUAACCUUUUUUAACCACUUCCUGGCUAUCAUGGCUGUAUCAGUAUAUUCUAAGAAUAAGCAGUAAGUCAUUGGAGGGGAAAUUUUCUCUGGCUGGCGGCAGGAAAUAAACUUAAAACCACCAAACAACAACAUUUAGAAACAAAAACACCUUUCAGAUCAUUUUCUGGCUAAAUGUACAUCAUACAUUAUGGACUAAAGCUCUCAUAAUAGAGACACACACAUUCAGGACUGAUAUUUUUAUUUUUAUGUAGUGUAUAACAGUCAGUUUUCUCAUGAUGCUGUGUGGUGUUGGUGUGUAUUGUGUUGUUGUUAGGAGUUGUGUUGUGUUUAUCAACAGGCAACAAUGUUCACCUUUAAGAAUGUGUUAACUACAUGUGUUUGUGUUUGUGCGUCUCCUUUUCUUUGCAUCUCUGUUGUCUCUUUCCCUGUGUGUGUGUGUCUGUGUGUGUGUGUCUGUGUGUGUUCUU